AUGCUUGGCUCCCACGAAUAUGUUUCUUUGCCAUGCCCUAGCACAACUGGUAAAGAACUUCUCGAGGCAUUUAUUCACGAGUUACCCGAAGAGUUUUUUUUCGUCACGGAAGAAGAGGCUGAAUCACAUUUUAAACGUCACAUGGUGUCCUUAUUAGGUAGUGAAGAAAUUUUCGAAGAAUUACAAAAAGAUUGCAGUUUGGAUAACCUCUACACUGAAGAUGAAUUCUAUACACUUGAUGAACUUCUUCACCAUGUUCCUGAUCGUCUGGGACGUAAAUUAGAUAAAUUAAACACGCUUGAUGCAAUUCCUAAGAGUUUUAACGACAAAGAUGCCUUUAAGAAUUCGCUCAGUAUUCGCAAUCGCUUACGCAGACCCCUUGUUGAUAUGUGCUAUUUGAAUAAACCCGAUAGUUCAAUUGAAGGUGGUUUGCCCAUUCAAGACGUCAUCUUCACUAUUUUCGUCUAUCGCCCAGUUGCACUUGCUACCGUUGACUGUAGCAAUGCACCUUGGACUAUGGUUAUGGAGCAGCGGAUCGAAAUCUUGGGAACACAGUCGCUAAGCGCUCUUCGAGACGCUAUACAGUGCCCACAGGAUAUGAUUUACUUGGGAGAUUGUUCGGAAGCUCUAGAUAACCCAGACUUGCAUAUUCCAGCCAGAAUGAUUUAUCCCUCCUCUUAUUUCUUCAUUGAAGGAGUCUUUUAUGAUGACAUGCGAGACCCCAGAGCCACUCGUUUGAGUUCGACAGUGAUCGAAUGGCACAACAACAGAAUUUUAAGACAAAGUGAUUCCUACACCUCAACCAAUAUGACUGAUCAUGUCCUAGGAAACCUAAAAAUAACACUAGGAAAACCUUAUCUCUUCCUACAUCAGGGGAAUUGUGAACAUAUCAUAAUCGUCACUUCUAUGAGAUUGACCGACCGAACAACUGCCCAAUCGGUGGAUUCGUAUCCGAUUUGCACGGGAAAGGCACCUCAAAAGCAAAUGUCCUGUGAAGCUUGUAGCUGCCUUCGAGCUCAAUGGUUAGUUCAUGACGCUGGGGACCUAUUACCAAAGGACCCUACCGCCCUCUGCAUAACUUGUAUUCGUUAUCUCCUUUAUACCCCAGAUGGAAAAAAAAUUCAUCCUCGAUUUCGGAUGUCAAGUUUGCAAGAUGAAUCGACAAACGCAGAAGUUUUUGAGAUCCUUUGUGGUAUUUCGAAUGAAUUAAGAACGGGAUUGAAUCAAGAGGAGCUCCAAGCAUCUUUGCGUCUUUUAAAUCAAGGUGUUGAUCCUACGGCUCUUGCACUUCUUGUAAAACAACUCAAAUCAGAAGCUAAAAGGAUUAAGGCCGAGACAAGUAGCAUCUGA